AUGAGUUUACCGCAGAAACCGGCUCUGAAAUCAGGCUCAGCGGCUGCAGCAGGAACCGGACCCGGCACCGGAGCGGCGGCGGCGGCGGCGGCGGCGGCGGUACCGCCUCCUCACCCGGCGGCGGCGGCGGCGGCAGCGGCGGCGGCGGCAGCGGCAGCAGCGGUAGCGGCGGCCCCUCCUCACCCGAACAUCAGGGCCCUCCAGACCCCGGCGCCCCAACAAAUUCCUCGAGGACCGGUGCAACAGCCUCUGGAGGAUCGGAUCUUCCCUCCCACGGUCUCUGCAGUCUAUAGCACGGUAACACAAGUAGCAAGACAGCCAGGACCCCCGACCCCUUCCCCUUACUCAGCACAUGAAAUAAACAAGGGGCACCCCAAUCUUGCGGCCACGCCCCCGGGACAUGCAUCGUCCCCUGGACUCUCUCAAACCCCUUAUCCCUCUGGACAGAAUGCAGGUCCAGCCACAUUGGUCUAUCCUCAAGCCCCUCAGACAAUGAAUUCACAACCUCAGGCCCGGUCUCCGCCCAGCAGAGCAGUGCCAGUACACUGCCCAGACAACUGGAAGAGGAGGAAGGUUUUGGAACAGACUCCCGUUUACAGGUCCCUGGCUGGAAGAGGCUGGAUAAAAUACUGCAUUUUUGCAGCGGGGCCUCGACCUGCUCAUCAUCAGGGAGGAUUCAGACCCAUCCAGUUUUUCCAGAGGCCUCAAAUCCAGCCUCCCAGAGCGGCCAUCCCAAACAGCAGUCCUUCCCUCCGUCCUGGUGCGCAGACCCCCACCGCCGUGUAUCAGGCCAAUCAGCACAUCAUGAUGGUUAACCAUCUGCCUAUGCCAUACCCAGUGCCCCAGGGGCCUCAGUACUGCAUACCACAGUACCGCCACAGUGGCCCUCCGUAUGUGGGGCCCCCACAGCAGUACCCAGUUCAGCCACCCGGCCCCGGGCCUUUUUAUCCUGGACCAGGACCUGGGGACUUUGCUAAUGCUUAUGGAACGCCUUUUUACCCAAGUCAGCCAGUGUAUCAGUCAGCACCUAUCAUAGUGCCUACGCAGCAGCAGCCCCCUCCAGCCAAGAGAGAGAAAAAAACUAUACGAAUUCGAGAUCCAAAUCAGGGAGGUAAAGACAUAACCGAGGAGAUUAUGUCUGGAGGUGGCAGCAGAAAUCCCACUCCACCUAUAGGAAGACCCACAUCCACACCCACUCCUCCUCAGCAGCUGCCCAGCCAGGCCCCUGAGCACAGCCCUGUGGUAUAUGGGACUGUGGAGAGCGCUCAUCUUGCUGCCAGCACCCCUGUCACUGCAGCUAGCGACCAGAAGCAAGAAGAAAAGCCAAAACCAGACCCAGUGUUCCAGUCUCCUUCAACAGUCCUUAGGCUCGUGCUUAGUGGGGAGAAGAAAGAGCAAGCAGGCCAGAUACCCGAGACUGCUGCAGGAGAGCCCAGCCCAGAGCCUCCUCGGACCUCAUCACCCACCACCCUUCCUCCACUUGCCCGGAGUUCACUCCCUUCCCCCAUGUCCGCUGCCCUUAGCAGCCAGCAGCUGCUCACUGCUGAGGACAAGUGUGAACUCUCUUCCUCAAAAGAUGAUGCCCCCCCUGUGCGCAGCCCCACGUCUUGCACAGCAGCACCAGGCCCUUCACUAACAGAUGACAUUGGUCUAUGCAAGAAACCCUGUGGUGUAGCACCUCCUGACGGCCAGCUCGUUUCUAGUCCUGUCCUAAUUAAUGAAAUGAACGGAGUUGGUGAGAAAUUACCAGCCAAGGAGAACACUGUGGACAUGGUGAGACAGGAAGUGUUGCCACUGACUCUUGAACUGGAGAUUCUGGAGCAUCCCCAGGAAGAAAGGAAAGUGGAGUGUACCCCGACUCCCAUCACCCCGUCCACGAUGCCUUCCUUCUCCCCAGCCCCUCCAACUCCGCCAGCUUCUCCUCCUUGUACUCCUGUUGUCCUGUCUGCCACCAUUGCUCGAUCUCCUGCUGUUGCCACUGUGAUCCAGAGAGUUGUCGACGAGGGAGAGAGCCUGAGAACUUGUCUUAGCAAGGAUGCCAAGGAGACACAGGACAAAGCGGAGGCAGAGUCAGAUGGGCAAACAGAGGAGACUGCGGAUCCCCAGAACGCACAUGCAGGAAGGAGCCCUGCCCCAGUGCAAACAGCUACCACUGCGCCAAAGACGUGGAAGAAAACAAAAGAGCGGACCCGAACCCCAGAUGAAGUGUUAGAAGCAGAGGCAGAGCCUAAAGCAGAAGAAGAGCUUUCAGUUGACAGUGUCCUUGAACCUGAGCAAGAGAAGAUGAGCCAAGGGUUUCAGUUUGAGAGAGACCCCUCUACCCUGAAAAGAGCGAAAGCUGAGGAAGAAAACGGAGAAGAAGCAGAGCCUGUGCGCAAUGGUGCUGAGAGUGCUUCCGAGGGGGAAGGAGGAGACGCUAAUUCAGGCUCUACCGAUAGCUCUGGAGAUGGGGUCACAUUCCCAUUUAAAGCAGAGUCCUGGAAACCUGCAGAUACAGAAGGCAAGAAGCAAUAUGACCGGGAGUUCCUAUUGGACAUCCAGUUUAUGCCUGCCUGUAUCCAAAAACCAGAAGGCCUACCUCCCAUCAGCGAUGUGGUUCUUGACAAGAUCAACCAGCCCAGAUUGCCAAUGCGGACCCUGGAUCCUCGAAUUUUGCCUCGAGGACCUGAUUUCACCCCAGCCUUUGCAGAUUUUGGAAGACAGACGCCUGGUGGAAGAGGCGUGCCUUUGUUGAGUGUUGGACCUCGGAGGUCUCAACCUGGCCAGAGAAGGGAGCCCAGGAAGAUAAUUACUGUCUCCGUAAAAGAAGACGUGCACUUGAGAAAGGCAGAGAAUGCCUGGAAGCCCAGCCAGAAGCGGGACAGCCAUGCCGAUGACCCCGAAAGCAUUAAAACGCAGGAACUUUUCAGAAAAGUUCGAAGUAUCCUAAAUAAACUGACACCACAGAUGUUCAACCAGCUGAUGAAGCAAGUGUCGGCACUUACCGUGGACACAGAGGAGCGGCUAAAGGGGGUCAUCGACCUGGUCUUUGAGAAGGCUAUCGAUGAGCCCAGCUUCUCUGUGGCGUACGCAAACAUGUGUCGGUGCCUAGUAACGCUGAAGGUACCUAUGGCAGACAAGCCCGGUAACACAGUAAAUUUCCGGAAGCUGCUGCUUAAUCGUUGCCAGAAGGAGUUUGAAAAGGAUAAAGCAGAUGAUGACGUCUUUGAGAAGAAGCAGAAAGAACUGGAAGCUGCCAGUGCUCCAGAGGAAAGAACGAGGCUUCACGAUGAACUGGAAGAAGCCAAGGACAAAGCCCGGCGGAGAUCCAUCGGCAACAUCAAGUUCAUUGGAGAGCUCUUUAAACUCAAAAUGCUGACGGAGGCCAUCAUGCAUGAUUGUGUGGUGAAGCUGCUAAAGAACCAUGAUGAGGAAUCCCUGGAGUGCCUGUGUCGCCUGCUCACCACCAUCGGCAAAGACCUGGACUUUGAGAAAGCAAAGCCGCGCAUGGACCAGUACUUUAACCAGAUGGAGAAAAUUGUCAAAGAAAGGAAAACUUCCUCCCGGAUUCGGUUCAUGCUUCAGGAUGUAAUUGACCUCAGGCUGUGUAAUUGGGUGUCCCGAAGAGCAGAUCAGGGGCCAAAGACUAUCGAGCAGAUUCACAAAGAGGCCAAAAUAGAAGAACAAGAGGAGCAAAGGAAAGUCCAGCAGCUGAUGACCAAGGAGAAGAGAAGACCAGGCGUCCAAAGAGUGGAUGAAGGUGGAUGGAAUACUGUACAAGGGGCCAAGAACAGUCGUGUACUGGACCCCUCCAAAUUUUUGAAAAUCACUAAGCCCACCAUUGACGAGAAGAUUCAGCUGGUUCCUAAGGCACAGCUGGGCAGCUGGGGCAAAGGCAGCAGUGGUGGAGCAAAGGCAAGCGAGACUGACGCCUUACGGUCAAGUGCUUCCAGUUUAAAUAGAUUCUCUCCUCUGCAACCUCCAGCGCCUUCAGGGUCCCCGUCAGCCACGCCUUUAGACUUCGAUUCCCGGAGGGCGUUAACCAGUCGUGGGAGCAUGGGCAGGGAGAAGAGCGACAAGCCGCUUCCAGCUGGAACAGCCCGUCCCAACACGUUCCUGAGGGGCAGCAGCAAAGACCUGCUGGACAACCAGUCUCAGGAAGAGCAGCGCAGAGAGAUGCUGGAGACGGUGAAGCAGCUGACAGGAGGCGUGGACGCCGAGCGGGCCAGCACUGAGGCCGACCGAAGCAAAGCGAGGGAGCUAGUCAAGUCAGAAGUGUGCACAGUGCCAGCCCCCGACAAGCCUGCACUGUCAGAAGAGGAAGUAGAGAGGAAGUCCAAGUCUAUCAUUGACGAGUUCCUGCACAUCAAUGACUUUAAGGAGGCCACACAGUGCAUAGAGGAGCUGAGUGCCCAGGGCCCACUGCAUGUGUUCGUGAAGGUGGGUGUGGAGUUCACCCUGGAGCGGAGCCAGAUCACCAGAGAUCACAUGGGCCACUUACUGUAUCAGCUGGUGCAGUCGGAAAAGCUCAGCAAGCAGGACUUUUUCAAAGGCUUUUCUGAAACCUUGGAGUUGGCAGAUGACAUGGCCAUUGACAUCCCCCAUAUUUGGUUGUACCUGGCUGAACUAGUCACCCCCAUGUUAAAAGAAGGGGGAAUCUCCAUGAGAGAACUUAUUGUGGAAUUCAGCAAGCCAUUACUUCCUGUUGGUAGAGCUGGGGUCCUGCUUUCCGAAAUCCUGCACCUUCUAUGCAGACAAAUGAGCCAUAAGAAAGUCAGCGCCUUAUGGAGGGAGGCCGACCUCAGCUGGAAGGACUUUCUACCAGAAGGGGAAGACGUACAUAACUUCCUUUUGGAGCAGAAGUUGGACUUCACGGAGUCAGAGGGACCCUGCUCCUCUGAAGCACUUUCAAAGAAAGAAUUGUCUGCUGAGGAGCUGUCUCAGCGCCUGGAGAAACUGAUCAUGGAGGACAAAGCAGAUGACGAGCGGAUCUUUGACUGGGUGGAGGUACAAACACUGAC